CCUCCACCUCCUCCUCCUCACUGGUACCCAGAGCGACAAACCUCAGUGCAUCAGUGUUUGAUUGUAGCCCGAGUCGUGCAGCUGUUCCGCUGCUCCUGAACUGGUGAACCGAACCGAACCGAACCGGGCCAACGCGCCGGGAUGGACCCCGAGCUGGAGCCGCGUUUCCUGCUGUGAGGAGCGGAGCAGGAGCCUGGAAAGCCCCGGAGCGAAGCGGAGGAGGUGGCGGGGGGGAUCCGGGGGACAGAGCCAUGGCGACUGGCGGCGGCGGAGGCGGCGGCGGCGGGGCGGCGCGCAGGCGGAGAGCCGGGAUCCCCGGGCUCUGCUGGAAGACCUGCUGCUUCCCGCUCCUGCUCUGCGUGGUGUCGGUGUGCGGGGAGGAGAAGACCUUCAUAGUGGAGACGUGGCUGAAGAACUACGGCUACCUGCUGCCUCAUGACGUCAGGACGUCGGACCUGCGGCAGGAGAAGGCCAUGCAGUCCGCCGUGGCGGCCAUGCAGCGUUUCUACGGGAUCCCGGUGACGGGAGUCCUGGACGAAACGACCGUAGAGUGGAUGCGGCGGCCUCGCUGCGGCGUCCCCGACCAUCCUCACACCAGCCGGCGCCAGAGGAACAAGCGCUACGCGCUGACGGGGCAGAAAUGGAGGGAGAAGAGGAUCACCUACAGGAUAUCAAACUACACCCCCAAGGUGGGGGAGAAGGACACGCACCGAGCGAUCCGCCAAGCCUUCAACGUGUGGCAGGCUGUCACUCCGCUCUCCUUCCAGGAGGUCCCAAACUCAGACGUGGAGAGCGACGGGAAAGAUGCCGACAUCAUCAUCUUCUUUGCCUCUGGUUUCCAUGGCGACAGCUCUCCGUUUGACGGCGAGGGGGGAUUCCUGGCCCACGCCUACUUCCCGGGCGCCGGCAUCGGAGGAGACACCCACUUCGACUCGGACGAGCCGUGGACGCUGGGAAACGCCAACCAUGACGGUAAUGACUUGUUCCUGGUGGCGGUGCAUGAACUAGGCCACGCUUUGGGUUUGGAGCACUCCAACGACCCCAGCGCCAUCAUGGCUCCCUUCUACCAGUACAUGGACACGCACAACUUCAAGCUGCCGAUGGACGACCUGCAGGGCAUCCAGAAAAUCUACGGGAUCCCCACCCCCAUGUUGGAACCCACCCGGCCGUUGCCCACGCUUCCCUCCCGACGGACUCACUCCACCUCGGAAUACCAUCCGGACCGGGUCGCCCGGCCGGGUCGACCGCCCGGCGACCGGCCCGCUCUGCCCGGCAGCGGAAAGCCCAACAUCUGCGACGGGAACUUCAACACCGUGGCGUUCUUCAGAAACGAACUGUUCGUUUUCAAAGAUCGCUGGUUGUGGCGUCUGAAGAACAACAAGGUCCUGGAGGGUUAUCCCAUAGAGAUCGACCAGUUCUGGAAGGGCCUGCCUCCUCGCAUCGACGCUGCCUACGAGAGGUCCGACGGAAAGUUCGUCUUCUUCAAAGGUGAUAAGUUCUGGGUGUUUAAGGAGGUGAAGGCCGAGCCGGGUUACCCUCAGAGCCUCAUGGAGCUGGGCAGCUUCCUCCCCAAAGACGGCAUCGAUGCCGCCGUCCGCUGGGAGGUCUUUGGGAAAACCUACUUCUUCAAAGGAAACCAGUACUGGCGCUACAAUGAGGAGAAGCGGACGGUGGACCCGGGAUACCCGAAGUCCAUCAGUGUGUGGGACGGAGUCCCCGACUCUCCCCAGGGAGCCUUCACCACCAGAAAGGGAUAUCACACCUUCUUCUACAGGGGGAAGGAGUACUGGAAGUUCGACAACCAGAAGCUGACGGUGGAGCCUGGAUAUCCAAAGUCUAUUCUACAAGACUGGAUGGGCUGCUACCAGUCCGAGAUGGAGCGCUCCGGCAGCAACCGCGGAGACCGGCAGCUGCCUCUUGACGACGUGGACGUCAUCGUGACCAUCAACGACGUCCCCACCACCGUCAACGCCAUCGCCGUGGUGAUACCCUGCAUCCUGUCGCUCUGCAUCCUGGUGCUGAUCUACACCAUUUUCCAGUUUAAGAGCAAAGGAGCGCAGCAGAACACGAUGAUGCAGCAUUAUUACAAAUACCCGGUGCAGGAGUGGGUAUGACAGGGGACCAGAACCCCAAAGCCGUUGUCACUUUCAGCCAACAGAACUGCACCGAAAGGCGCUGCUAGCUGGAGAGAGAAGAUCUGAACUUUGAGACAAAGAGUUUAAAAGAAAUUUUCAUAUUUGGGGUUAAAACCAAACGGGGUUGACAGUAAAAUAAAGUCCAGAGUGAUGUGGAGCGAAUGUCUUCAUCUCUUUUUGGACGCUGGAAGUCCUUGCUGGACCAACAACAAACUUGUUUCCUCUCAGUGAAAAUAAGAGGCAGAAAACAUUUCCCAUUUGGAAACUACCUUUGGACUUUACAUGAGAACUGCUUCAGUUAUAAAGUUAGGUCAAAGUUAAAUAAGAAAAAAAAAACAUUUAAAACUAAACUUGAAAAUAAAAGAUAGGUAGAAAGGCCAUAACAAAAAAUAAACCAACGAGCUCUCUGUGGAUCACAGAACUCUGUUUUCAGUUAUACUGGGAUGGAAAACUGUUUUUAUCUCUUUUUUUACUAAACAAUAUAAUACCAACUCACCACAGCUCAUAUUGUUAACACAAAACUCUUUUUAUUUAGUCACACAGUAACAGAAUCACUGAUUUCUGUAGAUGGAUUGUUACAGAAGUAGAGAACUGAGUCGUCUGCAUAUUGAGAUACUUCUGUCUGUAUAAAGCUGAAGGAAGCUGAGGUUUAUAAUUAUCAGUCUGACAAAAGAUACAAGUCUACAAUGUUAACAAACUGCUUUUUAGGAUUUAAUGAAACCUAAAGGUUCCCAAACAUCUCCUCUCUGCUGCCAUUAUUUUACUUAUUUACAGUGGGUUUUAAUUAAAUUUCUUAUUUAAUGGAAGCACCACAAUUACAAAAUUGUGAUUUUUCAACAUUAGCAGAACAUGGACAAAGAUUUGCGCACAUUGGAAAAUGUAGCUACUGUGAGUUCUUUCACUCAUUCUAAGAGUGAAAGAACAAACGAUGCCACAGAGAAUUAAAACUUUGUCUUCCCACACAUCCAACACAACAGCGUCUGGUCACCAGAUAAGGCUGCUGAAGAUUGAUUGUUAACAGAUUCAUCACCUUCAGAUGCUCCACUUCUCCAAAAUCAGCACAACUGCAACUCAACCACUGCAGCAGUAGCAACAUCACUUAAUCUCACGCUGUGCUAUGUUGAUGCUUCACUCACAUCAGCAUGCUGAAUUCUUGAAAAUAAAAGAUUGAAAAGGAAUAAAGUAGCCUGCACCUUAUAACAUAAAAUAAUGGGACAAACCACAAAAAUCAUUUUUAUUUAUUUAUUUAUUUACUUUUUUAUUUAUUAAAUGUAUGUUUCAUUUAUAUAUAACACUUUUCUGCAUGAGUUUAUUUAUAAAGCACAUUUACAGCAACCUCUGCUGACCAAAAUGCUUCACAAAAAUUACAACUUUACAGAUACACAAACGAAAAAACAAGAAAUAAAAUUAAGAUUGAUCAAAAUAUUAAUAAAUAAUAAAAUUGGCAGCAUAAUACCAAGAAAAUAAUAAUGCAAUAAUAGAAAUAAAAACCAAGACAUACUUAAUUCCAAUUGCAGCAAUUUCCCAAAAACUCAAAUCAAUUAAUUAUUCAUUUUCCCUGUUUUUUUCUACACAUCUUCCUGUUUGGUUUUUGGACAGUUUGUUCUCAGUUUCAUCUUUACUGGGUUUAUUUGGUUUUAAAUUUAUAAGAGUUGCUGAAGGUUUUUUAAGUGCCAAUGCAGGAGUUUGUUAUUGAUGCAUCAUUUAUUCACACACUGUUGAUUUAUUCAUUCUCCACUGUUUGCUAUAUGGUUCCUAAAGCUGCAGCUUAAUAUUAACCUGCCUUUAACCAUUAACCAUAUGGUUUUGGACAAAACCUGCAUUUUUGGACAAAAAAGUUAGGGUUGUUUGUCCAAACCUGCGUUUAAUUUGUCUUGGGAAACAAUAACAAUAGUUCCAGAUCUGAACUAAAAGAAUCAUUCCUGCAUGUUAAAACCUCAACCAAAUCAUCAAUCAUGACACGAAGUUGUUUUCCAGUUUUAACUCACUUCCGAUAAAAAAGAAAACUUACUGGCAGGCUUUAAUUGAUAAUACACACAUUAGCAUCUCUAAAAAAAUAAAUCAUUGCCAGCUAAACAAUAUGGUAGCUUUCACAUUUUUUGUUUUAUGUUUUGUGCUUUUUUAGUGAUAAAUAAGAUUACGAAUACUUGAUGGCAUUUGUGCCAUUCUGCGUCUGCAAACUUCAGGAGUAAUUUGAUGACUGAAGCUGAUGUGAAGGGAAGCAGCAGUUUUUAUGGAUCCUGCUGCUGUUUGAACAGGAAGUGAAGGUGCUAGUGUGUUAGCAUGUUAGCAUGCAAGCGUCAUCUCAAUGAGAAUAAUUUUAAUUCAAACUUUUGAUGCUUUUUUGUGGUUUUCAUUUAAAAUGUUUGUCAAUUUACGUCAGCAGCAGGUGCUUUUUUACAUUUAAAAUAAUUCAUUUUGACCGUUUUGAUGCUCCAGUUGCAGCUGAGUUUCAGUUUUCAGUUUUGUGUCUUUCUUUCCUGAAAUCAGACACUCCCAGGGUGCUCUGGUGUUUUCUAACUCAGCUGGUGUUGCAGAGGCAGCGAAUUUCAGAAAAGUAGAUUUAAGGCGUUAUGUAACGCCGCAGCAUCACUGCAGUUUGAACUAUAAGGCAUGCUUUAUUUAAACGCCCAAGCUGUUGAUGUAAAUGGUGUUACCUCUCUGAGGUGACUCACACUGAGGAUAAUUGGUCUCCCAGAGAGAUUUUAGGAGUUCACUGCUUUCCAUUUCUGGUUAAAAAUCUCUGCUAAGUAAGUCGCAGUCCAGAACUUUGCUGUUUUCUUUGAGUCAUAAAGAGUUUUUACCCCAGAAAAUGAUCUGGUUCAUCCUCCUUCAUGAGAGGCUGUUAAUCCCUGAUCUGUUCCUCUUUCACCAACAUCGCCGCUCUGCGGGGAUUUCAUGUAUUCCAGCUUUUCUCAGCCUCUUUCGCUUCAGAUCUGCUUAGAGUUCUGCAGAAUUGUUUGGACCAAACUAAGAAAAAUCUGUUUUUUAUUGGAAAAAAAUAUGCAAGUUUUAGCUUUUGUUUGCUCUCUGGUGGGUUCAUAUCAAAAAUAAAUCCAAUAUUCUAGUGUUGAUCAUCAUUAUUGAUCCUUUUCAACUCCAAACCCAAAAAGUUACACAGAAGG